UCUAUUUUAUUUAUAAGUCACAUUUAUAAUCGUAUUAAUUUAGUUUUUAAGAUUACUUAUCGUUAAGAUGAAUCAUAAAUAUAUAUUGUGUUAUUAGUUGAAGAUUUAAUAUUUUAAUUGUGUAUUGUAAAUAAAUGACAAAAAGUUAUGGAUAUGUGUAUUAGAGUGUUUGAUUGUGUUUUAUAUUUUAACCUAAAUAAUGUAAAUAAUAGAGUUCAUGAUGAAUGGUAAAACUGUAAAUAAAAGAAUCAAUGAAUGUAAUUAACUGUAAAAUAAAGUGUAUAAUACAGAGUUUGUGGUAAGAAUGAGUGAAGACUGUCCUAAUUGUGGACAAUUGACAAAUGAUUCCUGUUCUCGAUUAAUUGAAGAUUCUUGUGGUCAUAGAAAAUGUCGCAUUUGUUUAUUAUACGAAGAACAAGGAUGCAAAACCUGCGAAAGAGAAAAAAACAAAUUUGUAAGAAUAGAUGGUGAGUCAUUGAAAGCUAACGAUAGAAAUGAUAAUGAGCCAGAAGAAAGCUCGUUAAUUACAAUAUUAGACGUUUCGAAUUCCCAUUCCGUUAAAAUAAUAAAUCAGAAUGGGGAAAAUGUUUCUAAUGAAAUACAAACUAACGGAAAUAUCAAUAAAUCGGUUAUUAAAUCAACGGAACAGACAAUUAAUGAUUCAGAAGAUAUAUCUGAGCAAUCUAAGCCCAGAAAACUUUUAGAUCGAAGUCAUAUUAUAGUAAUACCUGGAAAUCCAGAACGUUACAAGUGUACCUUAUGCGGAAAAAUAUUUAGGAAUAAAAAAGGAAAGUGCUAUCAUGAUGCCUGUGUCACUGGAGUUCGACCAUAUCAUUGUAGUGUUUGUGAUCGGAGUUUCGUAAAAAAGUCUCACUUUGAAUAUCAUGAAAGGGUUCAUACCGGUUAUAAACCUUUCAAAUGUGAAAUCUGUGAAAAAUCAUUUCCUCAGAAGAAUAAACUUAAUCGACAUAUAUUGUCUCACAGUCGGGAUAAACAAUUUUUUUGUACAAAAUGCGAUAAGAAAUAUAGUAAUAAAGAAAGUCUUAAAUCUCAUAUGAUGACUCACUCAGGAUCACUACCGUAUAUUUGUAAAUCUUGUGGAAAAGCUUUCGGAAUACGAACCAAUCUUAACAGACAUAUGCACAUUCACUCCAAUGAACGACCUUAUAUUUGUGAUUUUUGUGGGAAAAGUUUUAAAGAUCAAUCACUUUUGUCUCGACACAAACGUACACACGGCAAAGAACGACCUUAUUCCUGUGCUCAUUGUCCACGAGUAUUCUUAUCUAAAAGUGAAGUUAGACGACACUUGACAAUCCAUUCUGAUGUUAAACCGUUUAACUGUGAAGUUUGUCAAACAGUAUUUAAGAGAAAAGACAAUUUGACUCGUCAUAUGAGACAUCAUCAUUCAGAAGAUACUCCAUAUAAUAUUGACAAUAAUAUUAAAAAGACUAAAAUUGUUGAAAAAAUUAAAAAGAAAAAAAUAAUUAAUUCAACAAAAUCUAAAAGUAAUCAAGUUACAAAGAAAGUAUCAAAAAUAAAUAAUAUUAAUAAUUUAUCUCAAAAAAUUUUAAUUAAAGACAAUGUAGCGUUGGGAAGUAGUAAAAAUCAAAUAAAUUCAAGGAUUGAUUCUAUGGGGAAUAUAUUACCAGUAAUUAGAGCACCAGGAGAGUUAAGUAAUGCCGUUUCUGUGAUUAAUGGACCCAUAAGUAAAUUGAGAAGUGAUGAUGUGAAAGGCGGUGAUGUAAUAAAGAAGAAAACGUUAACGUACACAGAGCCAAUUCCACCAGCAGAAGCAGUUGUUAUUAACCAACGGAUUGAAGAGAAAUUGUAUCAUCAAAGUGUUAACAAUAAUUCUUGUUUUUAUCGGGAAUCUAGUCGGAUGGAUCCACAUUUAUUAAUACCAUGUUUACCACCUUUAAGACAUAAUUCACUCAUUAAAGCUGUUCCAAAUAUUAAAUCUACGUCAGAAAAAUUAAAAGAUAAUAAUUUUUUGCCACCAAAAAGCGGAACUUUAAUUGAAUUGAAGAAUUCAAUUGCAUCUAAUUCGAUUAUGCCCAAUCUCGAUGCAAGGAAUAAAGGAAUUCAAAUUGAUGAGCAACCGAGAGGAAAAUCUAUUGUGGUAACUGAACAAAUAGUAGAUUUGACAAUCAAGAGUGGUAGAAUUCAUGAGAAUAUACCUGUAGAGGAAACGAAUUGUGUUUCAACAAUCAAAAAUUCUGUUUCAAUAACAGAAAAUAAUUCCAUUUGUAAUUUAAAAACAUCUAAAAUGCACUGGCGACGAAGAACUGCAGAAAUUUUAAAACCUCACUUAAAUUGAGAAUUAUCUUGAAGAUAAUUCAUUUGACGCUUAUAGAAAUAUUUUAAAUAGAUAGUAAUCUUAAGAAAAAAAUCCAUUUUAUUAGUCUACUUUUUCUAAAUGAAUUAAUUUUGUGAUAUAGUGUUUACAAUGAUGAUUUUAAAGUUGGGAAAUUUUUUUUUUAAUUAUUUAAAAUUUAUUUAUGAAAAAAGUACGUUUGAUUUGUAAAAAUUGCAAUAGUAAUUGUUGUUUGGA